AUGCCGACUCCAGAAAGUGCUGCAACAGGGAGAACUUACAGAUCCACUCGGCGUAACCGCGUCCCUCUGUCAUGUGAUCCCUGCCGCACUAGAAAGCUGAGAUGCAAUCGCGAGAGACCUUGCCAGAACUGUUUGGUGCGCGAUGAACGCGCGUCUUGCAAGUACAAGAGCUCAAAGAAUGGAACGACACCGCUCAAUCCCAAGCAGGGCGAUGCAAUGCAACAACGCAUAGAUCACCUGGAGGGUCUGGUCAAAAGACUAAUCACGCAGCACCAGCAAGUUCCUUUGGACGGUGUUGCUGAACCUGCAAUUUUGGCAAAGAAUUCUAUGUCUGAUGCUUCGGAUUCGACAUCUAGUCCGAGUAAGACGGUGAUUGAUGGGGUUCAUUCUGUCUAUAAAGGCACAGAUGACUGGUACGAUAUACUCCAAGAGAUUAACACCCUCAAGCAAGUUUGGAGUCAAACUCAGGACGAGGAGCCUGAAUAUAAUAUGCCCAUAACGCUCUCAAAUACAGUUGAUGGAUCGAGCUUGCUUUUUGGCCAGGUCCAACGAAUAGAUAAAACAGAAUUGUUGAGCACCCUGCCGCCCAAACCUCAACUUGAUAAGCUCAUACACCAGUUUUUUGACCGUCAAAAUUUUCCUAUCGCGGUUGUUCCUAUCUUACACCAACCAACUUUCAUGCGCGAGUACACCGAGCAUUGGAAAGACCCAUCUCGCACAAAUGUUAUAUGGCUGGGCCUACUUUUCUCCAUUCUUAGUAUCACGAUGCUUGCUUAUCAGCAAUAUGGCGAACCGUCUGACUACGAAGGAAUGUCGGACUCUUUAUGCCAACUCUAUCGAUUACGUACGGCGCAAUCUCUAAUCAUGGGCGACAUUGCCAAGUGUCUACCGUACACCGUCGAAGCACUGCGUUUGAAUGCAACUGCUGAAUUUAAUCGAAAAGAUGACACUAGUCGCGGUUUAUGGAUAUUGACUGGUGUUAUGGUCCGUGCAGCAAAAAAUAUGGGAUAUCACCGUGACCCUUCACAAUCACCAUCUAUCUCGCCUUUUCAGGCAGAGUAUCGACGUAGAGUCUGGCUCUCCGUGAUGGAAAUGGACGAUAUGGCCUCAUUCACCGCCGGAUUUCCGCGUAUGAUAUCGACAAUACAUACUGAUACCAUGGAACCUCGCAAUGUGCAUGAUUGGGAGCUGUCUGAUGAUCUCACCGUUCUUCCACCGCCCAGGCCGAUCAGUGAAACUACAUACGUUUCUUAUUUGAUUGUCAAAACACGGUUGCUACGUGCACUGAGCCGCGUUUCCGAUUUCAAUAAUACUACCGGUUCGAGUUCAUAUAAUGAAAUACUCGAAAUUGACAACUCCUUGUACGAAGCGUAUGAAGAUUUUCCUCUGUACAUGAAAAUGGACAGCGUCAAAUUGGAUUGCACUGCCGAUGGAAAGAAAGCCGAUACAUCCAUCUUGCAAUUGAGACUCAUGUACCAUAUAGGAAUGUGCCAACUGCACCGAAGAUUCAUCGCCAAAGGCAGACUUGACCCUCAAUACAAUCACUCUCGAGAUCGAUGUAUAGCGUCGGCGCUUGCUAUACUAAGCUAUCAAAGUCUCAUAGAUCCGUCUUGGUACAGGCUAUCACGAACUAGAAAGGCAUACACACUCCCCGCGAUGCUCUUACUUCUAGAGUUGGAAUAUAGACGAAGAAGCCCAGAUAUGAUCGCAGUCCCAGAUAGCAAUUCUCUAUUAAACGCAUUAGGCACAUCAUGUGCUUUGUGGGAACGUGCAAAGCAUUCCUGUGAUGAGGCCGACAAAUUGCAUCACACUCUCACUGGCAUGCUUUCUAGCUUUCAGGCCUCUACUGGCUCCAGCUCUUCAUCACAGCCACACACACCCAGCGCGCUUUUUGCUUUCCCUGGCAUAGGCUCACCCCUUCAGCUAAAUAACACUCUUCUACCAGAGGACAAGGAUAUGUUCGAUAUGUCAAAUGAAAUGAAUAUUGAUUGGAGCACCUGGGAUGCGUUCAUCGAGAGUGGCAUUUUCGAAAAUGAAAUUUGA